AUGUCGUACAUUUCUCAACCUGUUAAUUCACCAUCUCGAUCUCAGAAUAGGGUUACUUUUGCUUCGAGUACUAGCUCUGUAUCUAUCCCUCAUACCCCUAAGAGCCGAACCCCUGGUCAACGUCGUAACACUUGUCCACGCCGCCAGAAUUCCAAUAGCAAUCCAUGCUUCGCCGGAAGCAAAUUCAGUGAUUCUCCAUCCGCACGUGCUAUUCCUCUUCCACCAAGCGACUGGUUCGGUGAACUUUGCAACUCAGGAAGUGAAUCUGACACGGGUUCAAUGGCUGAGUCUGUAUCCUCUACUGAUAGAGCAGGAAGCGUAAGCAGCCAGUCUUCUAUGGAAGCACAUUCUCCCGUCGGCAUUCGUCUUAACCCUUUACAACUCAUAGCUGCCGUAACGGUUGGUGCCUCCUAA